CGUGAGAGCAGAUACGGUGAUGAGCUCCUCCGGGUCACUGUGGACGGUGUGUGUGCGCGUUUGCUCAUGUUGCUGAAAUUAUCCUGAGACUCUAAAGAGCAGAAAAGAUGGUUGAUCCUUCAGCUAACGUGAGCCUCUCGCCUGAGGAGAUCAGCCUUCACAACGACAUCCAGGCUCUUCUCAAAGAGAUGAGCAGCCAGAGCGCUGCGCAGACAGGAGUGCGUCGAUGGAGUCUUCAGAAGAAGCUGGAGGCCGAUCCGUCCGGCAGCGUUUCACUGAUCACAGUUUUGGUCAAAGAGCUCAACAAGAAGCUGAAGAGGAUCAGUGAGAUUCAUAAAACACGAUCCUACAAGCGCGUCGUUCCGAUGCUGCACACGCUCUACUACACAGUCCUUCAGUCCGGUGUCAUGAUUCCCACCAGCCUCUACCAGACGCUGUACGAGUGUUUGAUGAAACUGCUGAUUUUACCGUCGCCGUACUCUGCUGUGGUCCUGCACACUCUGAGGAGCAUCAAGAUGGAAAUGAGCACACCAGGCUGCUUAUAUCAGAGGAGAGUCACUGCAGAGCAAAACCUGAAGACUGAGAGUUUCACCCGGCAGGAAAAGGUGUUUGUGCUCGCUGACCCGGCUGUGUUUUCCGCUCCGCUGGAGGCGGCGGCGCGGAGACACUUGGAGGCGUCCAACUUUCUCAGGGACACAAUGAACGCAGAGAUCAACGUGGUGCAACAUGUGCUGCAGACGGGACUCGGGGCGACCUGCAACAACACGAGACUCGCCCAGGCUCUGGAGGCUUUAGGGGAGCAAACGGUGGAGAAAUAUUUCCAGGAGGUGGUUGCAGCCGUGGAGAUGAGCGUGAAGCUCGGCGCAGGAGGUCGAACAGUUUAUCUGAAAAAACUAAAACACAUAUACAGAGACAUCUUGUCCACCUCCACAGAAGGAAAAAACAGUCUGAAUCAUUCUGGGUGCAGCGCUGCGAUGCCCCCUCCAGAGGUCAACUUCAUCUUGUGGACAGACGAAGAUGUCCUAUGGAACGUGCUGGCAGACUUCGCCUGUGGUUCCUGCUCUAACUCCACCAGCAUCGAUGAAGAAGACAAGGACAAGAGAGACUCGGUGCGGUCUGAGGACAGCGGGAUAGAGAGAGACCUGAAGGACUUUGAGGACGCAGUCCCGUCUCCUGUCACACACACUGCACCAGUGAUCAAACGGAGGAACGCCUUCAAGUCCAUGAGGCCAGGAGACAGACUGAGCCUCAUGAAGGACAAGAUGGACACGUUUCCCGGAGGCUCUGACCUUAAAGAAGACGGGAGGCGUCACACGGCUCGGGUGGUGGUGAUGGGGGACGACCGCGUGCUGGGAAGACUUGCAAGGACGUAUCACUCCAUCCGAGAAAGAGAGUCGAAACGUCUUCUUCUGACGAAGAAACUGAAUCUACGGUUGUACUACGUCCCGGUCAGCGACGUGGAGUCGUCCGUCAGUUUACCUGCGAGCCACGCAGACUCGCUCAGAGCGUCGCAGACUGACUGGUAUUGUGCAGAGGACUCUGAAGGACUCUGCAGCACUGGUUAUUCCUCACCGGAUCGCCCGCGCCAGGACGGAGGCAGACUGUCUCUCGCCGCCUCGUUGGGCAGAGCGGAUCCGUGGUACCACAGCAACGUCAACAGUCUGGCAGCUACAGUCUCCAAACUGGGAGAAAUGCACUCUGAUCACAGCGAGACAUCACAGCAGAGUCUCUUCCUGCUGGACGCUCUGUCUUACUACCUGCGCUGUGGGACGCAGACGGUUAACCUGCCGCUUUAUUCUGUGAAGAUGACUCGCUCUGGAUGUGACGUGAGCUCUGUGGUGGACGAGGUGUUUGUGUCGCACCUGGAGGCCAACCUCCCAGAGUUCAGACACCUGAAGGAGAGGAUGAAAAAGGAGCCGGCUGCACGCCGAAAAAAGUCAUCAGUGGAUCUCUUUGGGGCCGUCAUGUCAGUCAGUUAUUCAAAGAUGUGUUUAAGCAAAAGAGAAGUCCUGAAGGGAGGGGCGCCCAUGGUGUGUGGCGUGGUGAUUACAUCUGAGCCGGCAGCUUUCGCAUCAGGAGAGGAUCACCUCACUGUCAGCUUUGACAGUUUGAACCCCGGAUACAACACAACGAUCCAAACGCAGAACAUCAGCAUCAGGACGAUGGAGAAUCGAACGCUCGCCGUGUGUUUGGACAAAGACUCCCGCAGGACUUACACUGAUGUUCACAGGAUAGAGAUUUCUCCGUGUUUGGAUCCAGGAUGCAGCAUCCGGUCCAGGUUUAUUGUGAGUCUGGACCGAGAGCUGCUGAUCAGCAAGUAUCUGGACAAAGUGCUGUCACUGCCGAUCCACAGCUUCACUGGUGUGACCGCCUGAUCCAGCUGCCUGCUUCAUGUGUGCAGAUUUCUGCACGCUGAUGUACAUAAUGCUGCAUCAACACCAAACUGUGUUAAGAUGUUUGUCAAAUUUUAAUUAUCUGCUAUAAAUACUAAAGAGGAGGUGUUAAACUAAAAAAUCAAAAGUAUAAUUAAAAUGAU